AUUGUAGAAUGGGCCUUUGGAAAGCGCAUGACGCCUGCUGAGCCUGGAGAACCAGGAAAAGAAGCUCGUACAGGAGAUCAAGAAGAACGCAAAGAAUGGUCAGAUGGGUGCGGUCAAGGUGCAAGCGAAGGAUCUGCAAAUGAUGCAGAGCAUGAAGGGUGCGACAAAGCUCCUGGGAAGCAUGAACAAACAGAUGAACCUGCCCGCCCUGCAGCGCAUUGCAAUGGAGAGAUGAUGGAUGAUGCGAUCGACGACGUGACUGGAUUGGAAGAUGAGGAGGAAGGGGAGGAAGUUGUCAACCAGGUGCUCGAUGAGAUCGGAGUGGAUCUGGGGCAAUCGCUCGGCGAGACACCUCAAGGCCUGCAGAGCCAGAAAGUACAAGAGGGCAAGGUCGCGCAAGCUGUUGGUGGUGGUGGCGGCGCCGCCGAUGCUGGCGACGAUGAUCUCCAAGCACGUCUCGACAGUUUACGAAGAUGA